AUGGACAGAAAAAACUCUUUAUUGUGGCAAAAACUCUCACCCGCGUGGCGCGUUUUAUUACUCUCGGACGGGUCGGUGACCAGACACUUGAGCGUUUUAGGAGGGAAAGGUUUUGUUAAUGAUGAUGACGACGACAAAGAUGGUGCAACGAGCAGCGCAUUGAGUGAAAGCAACGUGAAAGUGGAAGUGACGUCGAUGAAACCGUGCGCGCGAGACAAGUCUCAACCGGAAGAUGUGGUGAAGAUUAAAGGGCCUUUAGUACAGCGAGAGGUAUAUUUGAGAUACGAAGACGAUUACGAUGGAAACGACGGAGAGCCGAAGAAGAAUAAGAAUCCGAAUCCUCCUCUCGUGUACGCGUGCUCGUGGUGGAACGCGAACGCGCUGGAGAAGUUUAUGAAAAAGAGAGAGGAAACGAUGUGGUCGAACUUACGGAAGGAAAACGUGGAGCUGUAUAGAGAGGUGAGGAGAGUGUAUUUAGGGAAGAACAGGAGGUUGGCGAAAGCGUUCGGAUGCGAAGAUUUGGACGAGGCGAUUUGGGCGAGGCAUUACAUCUUUUGGAGCGGGGGCGAGCCGGUGACGGUGGUAUUCGAGGCGUUUUCGCCGAAGAUUGAGUUAUAG